CAUAAAAACUUUGAUGUGUAUAUGAUAAUAAUGUAUGUAAUCACGAUAAUGACAUACAUGUUUUACUUUGUCAUCUACAGUCAUUCAUAUAAACCUUGUCUUUUCCAACCCAGGAUGUCUGGCAACCUGUCCCUCCUGAGGCCUCCCUUAGUGGGUGCCACCGGGUCAAUGCAACCCGCCCUCUCAAACAUGUCCCAGUUUCCACCUCUGGUUGACUGGGAGGCGCCCACCUUCACCCGAGCUGCCCAAUUCCGUGUCGGCGCCACCUUAAUCCUCUUCCUAUUUGCUGCCUGCAGCAACCUUGCGUUAUUGGUCAGUGUGUGCCGGGGGCGUGGCCGGCGCCUGGCUUCUCACUUGCGACCACUCAUCAUGAGCCUGGCCACCGCCGACCUGAUGAUGACCUUUGUGGUGAUGCCACUGGACGCCAUUUGGAACAUCACGGUGCAGUGGUAUGGCGGAGACGCCAUGUGUAAGAUGCUGUGCUUCCUCAAGCUGUUUGCCAUGCACUCGUCAGCCUUCAUCCUGGUGGUGGUCAGUUUGGACAGGCACCACUCCAUCCUGCACCCGCUGGACUCACUCAACUCCCACCACCGGAACAAGAGGAUGCUGGGUCUGGCCUGGGGCCUCAGCGUGCUUCUGGCCUUACCACAGCUGUUCAUCUUCCGGGCCAUCAAGGCAGAGGGCGUAGAUUUCACCCAGUGUGUGACCCAUGGCAGCUUCAAAGAGCGAUGGCAGGAGACGGUCUACAACAUGUUCUACUUCGUCACUCUCUACGUGUUCCCCCUGCUGGUCAUGAGCUUCUGCUACACACACAUCCUUAUUGAGAUCAAUCAGCAACUCCACAGGAACAAAGCUGGCGAGUCCUGCCUGAGGCGCAGUGGCACAGACAUGAUCCCCAAAGCACGAAUGAAGACUCUAAAGAUGACCAUCAUCAUUGUGAUGUCCUUCGUGGUCUGCUGGACGCCCUACUACCUCCUGGGUAUCUGGUACUGGUUCCAGCCGGAGAUGCUGCAGGUCACGCCUGAAUACAUCCACCACGCCCUGUUUGUCUUCGGCAACCUGAACACAUGUUUUGACCCGGUCAUCUAUGGCUUCUACACGCCCUCGUUCCGGGCCGACCUGGCCAUGUGCUGGUGCUAUAGAAGAAGGGACAUUAAUAUGUCGCCCAGGUCUCUGGACCGCCUGUCCGCCCACCAGGGCCCCCACAGUGGAGAGCAGGACUCUGACGCCCCCGGUGUGGAACAGACCAAAGAGACUGGAGGUGACGGUAGAUGACUGGCGCUGACAGUAAGUACAUCUGUAAGGUUGGAGGGCUGAGGGAGAGCAGACCUGGAAAUGAGCGCUACUAGGGAGUAUGUAGACCGAUCUACUUAUUCUGUGAGGUGAAGACAGUGACAGGCUAAACAGCACCGCCAAAAUGUCUCCCCUCUGAUUGUACGCCCAUCUUUGACAUUUUGAGGACAUUGAUGAUCUCGAUAGCCACACAUCACUAUACAGAACUGUCAAAUUACAAACACAUUUACAAAUGCAUUUGAUGGUACAAUAAAAUGGUUGGUCGUUUCACUCGGAAGACAAACA